AUGUCUGUUGAUGUCGAGGAUGUAGCAGGGUCUGCAAAUGUAUGGAGUAGAGGUUUUUGUUCGUGGAGGCAUGAUGUUGUGCUGAAUUUUCAUAUAGAAGAUGUUGACGGUCGUUGUAAGACUUUGAUCGAGGGAAUCAAAAUCGAAAUCGAUUUGUUUCAUUUUUGUUUUUGGCUACGUACUGAAGAAUGAAUAGAUGUAGCUACAUGAGAAAGAUAAUCAGGC